UAAAUGUCUAACAAGUCGUUAGCUAUACGUCUGGACCAAAGUUUUUAAAAUAGUUGUCACUUUACACUUCAGUCUUAACUUCAUUUGUAUUAGAUUUAUGCAAAAGUUUUUGUCAGGCAGUAGUGCUUUGGAUAUCGUCGACUGCAGUCUCUUUUAAUCUUCAUUUCAUUUGAUUUUAUUAUAAAUUCAAAGUACUUUUUACCCAAACGAUAAUUUGUUUUAAAAUAAUUGGCAAAAAACGACUCAUUAACGCCUUAAAUUAUUAAUAGCUUUUACUCGGGUUAUGGUCUCUAUCGGUGCGAUCUCUCAAAGCCAUCGUCGACUGCAAAGUGCGGUCCACUAAAGCCGUGUAAAUCCAAACCCCGUUUCUAUAUCUACCGACCCGUGGGUGUCGUUCACCACAACCAUCGUUGGCCGCAACUCUUCGCACCAAUAAUGGGCCAAAAAGUUAGUUCAAUAAAGUCUCCGAUCAGUCGCGACAACUCGUCGUCGAUCGCGUCGCGCACCAAAGACCUGCUGGACAGCGCCCGACCCGCACGGCUCGACCUACUGCUGGAUAUGCCGGCCGCCCCUCACGAGACGCAAGUGAAACACGGCUGGAGUGCUGAGGACCGGUCGCUCAACAUCUUCGUCAAGGAUGACGACCCGACCACUUUCCACAGACACCCC